AUGAUAUAUGAAAUAUUGCACAAAUUAUUAUUGGAGUACUUAUUUCUCCCAUUCAAUCAUCUUUUAAAUACAGUUACAGAAUUAUAUGUACAUUAUAGAAACACUAUUGUUUCUUGGUUGCUUCAAUACAGAUUAAUUGGGUGGAUACUGACACGGUUUAGGAGUCUAUUUAUUUCUGUUAUAAAAGUAGGAUAUGUUCCACAGCAUAUUUCAUUUAUAAUGGACGGCAAUCGACGCUACGCUAAAUCUUUUGAUCUUCCUGUCAAGAAGGGUCAUGAAGCUGGAGGCUUGAAUCUACUGUCAUUAGUUUAUUCUUGUAAGCAGAUGGGGGUAAAAUGUGUCAGUGCGUAUGCCUUUUCCAUUGAGAAUUUUAACAGAUCUCCAGAAGAGGUUAAUACACUAACAACUCUUUUCGCUGAAAAGUUGGAUGAUUUUGCAGCGAGAGCAGUUGAUUACACGGAUCCUUUAUAUGGUACAAGGUUAAAGAUAGUAGGCGAUUUUUCUUAUUUGUCGUCGGAUAUGGUAGAAAGAAUUAGAAGAGUUGAAGCAUUGACACAGAAUGGAGAUGACUUUAUUUUAUAUAUAUGUUACCCAUACACUUCAAGAAACGAUAUCUAUCAUUCAAUAUUUAAUACAGUUGACAAAAAAAUCAAUAAUAUCAAUACCAAGCAAUCUACCGAUAAUAGUACCAUACAUAUUAAAGACUUUUCUAAUUCUAUGUAUUUUGAUUCUUUUUCAGACAAAUGUGAUUUGCUAGUUAGGACAAGUGGUCACAAUAGAUUGUCAGAUUAUAUGCUCUGGCAAACACAUGAAUCAUCUACUAUCGAGUUCACUGACAGUUUAUGGCCAGAUUUCUCCUUUUUCAGUCUAUAUUGGAUGAUCAUAAGAUGGUCUUUUUUCUAA